UUGUCCGACUGCAAAAGAAUGAGCUUGUCUUCGUUGAUCCAAAUCAAACGGAAGGUAGUCAGAUUUGGUAGGCCGUUGAACAAUUCUCCGCCCCAUCUCUGCCUCCGCUUCUUCCUCACUUGUUAGAUUCCAACAAGCUCGAAUUUUUUUUAGCACAAUCGAAUCGUUUUAGGGUUCCAUCUGUUUCUCGUCGUCGAUCUUUCUAUCGGGCCUUCACUGUUGGUUUUCAUGGCGAUUGCUUCUGAUUCAAUGACGACAAUCUGCAUAGAUUGUUCACUGUGCAGUGAAACUAUAGAGCGUGAAGGCUGGUCUCUUCAUCAAGAUGAAAAAUGUCCAAAAAGAAUUGUGACUUGUGAAUUUUGUGAGUUUCUUUUGCCUGCAGCUGAUCUUUAUGAGCAUCAGGAAGUGUGUGGGAAUAGAACAGAACUUUGCCAUACUUGCAACAAGUAUAUUAGGCUUCGUGAACUCAUUAGACAUGAAGUUAAUUGCCAGUCUCAUUCAGAUGGUUUAGCAGAAUCCUCUGGCUCCAGGAAUGAGUCAUUGGUUGAUAGAGAAGGUGUUAGGAGGAGACAAGCAAACAACUCUGAAGCUUCUCAAAGAAGUGAUGAUGGGGAUGACUCUCCCGGAGAAGCUGCUCGCAGGAGGCGGACACGUGCCACAUCCCAGAGGAGAAUAAUUUACACAAUUGCCCUUACAGGAUUUGCAAUGCUCAUCGGUUCAUUUUUCUUAUCAAGAAGAGGCUGAGGCUAUUAAAGACUUUUUAAGAGGCUCAGAAUAAUUUAUCAGUUAUCUUUUUUAUUUAUAUCUUAAUAUUGCGAACUUGGUUUAAAAUGUCAUUGAUUUUUUAGAUAAAGAAAUAUUAAUGUAAUUUGUGAAAAUAUUUUAUAUAUUUAAUAGCUAA